AUGGGUACUUCAGUUACCACAAGGGAUGUGCAUGGCGUCAGUUCUGUUCAGCCCGUACAACAGUAUGCGACAGAUCAGAAGAGCCUCGCCCAGGAAGACAAUCUGAAAGACUUUGGCGACGAUCUUGCAGACCCUGAAGACACAAGCAAGCCUCCUGGAAUAUGGACAAGUCUUACCACGCGCCGAAGACCGACAGACCUUGACGCCACUGCUACGGUACGCAGUGUCUUCGACGAUCCGAACCUCGCUGGAUACUAUGUACCUCAUUCGGACUACGAGAAUAUUCAUCGAUUUGACCCUGCCGAGCGAUGGACUCACCGGGAAGAAGAACGUGUUCGGAGGAAAAUCGACUGGAAGAUCUUCAUCUGGGUUCUGGUCAUGUUCUUCGGUCUUAACAUCGACAGAGGAAACUUGAGCAACGCAGUUGCCGACAAUCUGUUAGGGGAUCUCGGCAUCAACACCAAUGACUACAACAACGCACAGAACAUGUACCGAGUUGGAUUUCUGAUCUCGGAGAUACCGUCACAGAUGAUUGGAAAGUGGCUCGGACCAGAUCGCUGGAUUCCCGCUCAGAUCAUCUUGUGGAGUCUUGCUUCUGGCGGCCAAUUCUUUAUGCACAACCGGGCUGGUUUCUUCGCAUGUCGGUUCAUGAUCGGCCUGGCUAUGGGCGGUUUCAUUCCCGAUGCUAUUCUGUACCUGUCUUACUUCUACAAGAAGUCCGAAACACCUCUACGCCUCGCUCUGUUCUGGUUCGUCGACUCCAUGUCGGGUGUCGUCGCGUCCUUCAUCGCCUACGGAGUUUUGCAUAUGCGUGGCGUGGACGGCAAAGAAGGAUGGCGAUGGCUCUUCCUGAUCGAAGCUCUGAUCAGCUUCGUUAUCGGCUGUCUCAGCUUCCUCUUCCUAGUUCCCGGGCCCACUCAGACCAAGACAUGGUGGAAUCCCAAGGGCUACUUCACAGAGCGAGAGGAAAAGAUUAUGGUCAAUCGAAUCCUACGUGACGACCCAUCCAAGGGCGACAUGCACAACCGUCAGCCUCUGACCAUAGGAAUGUUAUGGCGCAGUCUGAAGGACUACGACCUCUGGCCAAUCUACGUCAUCGGUAUACUCUUCGAGAUCCCCACCGCGCCGCCCAAGGCGUAUCUCACACUAUCCCUCAAGUCGCUAGGCUUCAGCACUUUCAACACUACCCUACUGAGCAUCCCUGUGACAGUAUUCGCUGCCCUCAACAUGCUCGGUGUGACGUGGCUCACGGAGAAGACAAACCGCAUUGCCAUCAUCGGUCUUCUGGCUCAAGUCUGGGUUUUACCUCUGCUUAUUAUCGAGUACACCUCCGCCAAGAGCCUGUCUGCUUGGGGCCAGUACGCGCUAAUAUUCAUCAUCUUGGGCCAACCAUCUGUGCACGCCGCUCAAGCGAGUUGGUGUUCUCGGCUCAGCAAUGCCGUGAGAACCAGAGCCGUCAGUACUGCCAUGUACAACAUAACCGUCCAGUUGUCGGGCAUUGCGUCUUCAAACAUCUACAGAGAGGACGACAAACCGGUGUAUCACCGUGGCAAUGGACAAUUGAUUGGUAUCACCGUGGGUACUAUUGUGGCUUAUGCGCUUGCCGAGGUCUACUACGUUAUGAGGAACAAACAUAAGAGGAAUACAUGGGACAAGAUGAGUUCGGAAGAAAAGGCAAGGUAUUUGGAACAGAACGGACACCUUGGAAACAAGCGGCUAGACUUCUUCUUUGAUCACUGA